CACUUUACUUUUGAAGGAGGCAAAUGCAAGCACAUCUAUCGGAAAGAUGAUGCCCCAUGGCAGCUAUAAAUAGGGCUGCACCAUGGAUAUCCUCCUACAUCAAUCAUCCUUCACAAAACACAAAACACAACAUCAAAUUUAGUCCCAAGCAGCAGCCAAACACCAAUCCGCCAUGAAGACCUUUCUCAUCCUCGCCCUCCUCGCCAUCGUGGCGACCACCACCACUGCGCUGGUAGUCGACCCAGUCACUAGAUCUUUUCAGCCGUCACAGGAACAAUCAUGCCAGCAGCCGCCACAACAACACCCCUUCCCGCCACAGCAACUGGACCAGUGUAGGGAGUAUUUCCUGCAGCGGUGCAGCCCGACGGAGAUGCAGACGACGUCAAUCCUAGGACCGUGGCCUACAGUGCAGCAGAACAGGUGCCAGGUGAAGCAGCAACAAUGCUGCCAACAGUUGUCCCAAAUCGACGUGCAGUCCCGAUGCCGGGCCAUCCAGGACGUCGUGGAUGCUAUCGUCAAGCAGCAGCAGCAGCAGCAGCAGCAAGAACAGGGGCAGCAAGGUCAGAUCCCUUCGCGCCGGUUCGGGGCCCAGUCACAGGAGUGCGGACAACAGGGUAUCUUCUCGCCCCAGCUGCUAGCUCAGAUACUACCGGCGAUGUGCAAUGUGUACCUCCCACCGUACUGCCGCGCCACCGCCGCUGAUCAGCCAUUCGGACCCGGUGGCUACUGAUAAGACAAAGGGCUCUUGUAGUAGAUAGAUAUGGAUCACCGCUGUUUUAGUCGAUGUAGCAGCAGUGACAAAAAUAAAGGGUAAUGCAUGCAUCGCCAUGUGUGACACCCGCUGUACCCUUACUAGUUGUUGAUGGAAUAAAAGACAAACCGAGCUAUUUGUCUGGAUAA